ACCUCCGCCGUAGAGUUGUGACCCGGAAGUACUUGACAGGCACUAAAACAAGAGGUUGUUCUGUUAGCAUUUUUUGUUGUUUCCUGCUUGACACCUCGAGAAGUUUCAAUAUAAUUUUUGACCAGACACCCAAACUGGAAAAGAUACAUCUUGUAGCAGCACAAUGGAGGACUGACGUGAUAGCAUUCUAGUUUUUUUUUUUGUUUGUCAAGCCCGUGAGUCGGAUAUUAACUGAAGCUAGUUAGCAUUAGCGUCGCUAUUGAGGCCAAAAAGGCUGCAGUGUUCCUGAUAGUUGUGUUUGUUUUGGAGUUUGACAGACCAUUAUUCGUAGACUCUUGUUAAAUUAUCAACCCGUCUUGAGCAGUGGCUACAUCCAGGGCAUGGUGGUGAACCGUGAAAGCUUCAGGUUCUGUGCUAAAAGUUUGACUUUGAUGGUUUAGCAGUAGGCUAGCUGAAAAGGGAAAGUGCAGCCAUGGACGAUUUUAGCUCAAUUAGCCUGCUGUCUCUUGCGAUGUUGGUGGGAUGUUACGUGGCCGGGACGAUACCUCUUGCUGUCAACUUCUCGGAGGAGAAACUGAAGCUGAUCACCGUGCUGGGAGCAGGGCUGCUUUGUGGAACAGCGCUAGCUGUUAUCAUUCCCGAGGGAGUCCACGCACUUUAUGAAGAGAUCCUUGAAGGCGCUCACCACAGCCACAGUCGGGUCGGGGCGGCCGAAGUGUCGGAGGCCAAAGUGGAAGCAGUGGCGGCUCUGGACACAACGGGGAAACACGAGCACGACCACGAGCAGCUGUACGCCUGCAUCGGCGUCUCCCUGGUUCUGGGCUUCGUCUUCAUGCUGCUGGUGGACCAGAUAGGCAGCUCUCACGUUCACAACUCUGAAGAUCCAGAGUCGGGAAGAGUCAACAGCUCGAAAAUCACCACUACUCUGGGACUUGUAGUCCAUGCUGCAGCUGACGGCGUGGCGUUAGGAGCGGCUGCCUCAACGUCUCAGACCAGCGUCCAGCUCAUUGUUUUUGUAGCCAUUAUGCUACAUAAGGCUCCAGCGGCUUUCGGCUUGGUCUCGUUCCUGAUGCACGCCGGCCUCGAGAGGAACCGCAUCCGCAAACACCUCCUGGUGUUCGCCUUGGCAGCCCCCGUUCUCGCCAUGAUCACGUUUUUAGGCCUCAGUCAGAGCAGCAAAGAAGCCUUGUCGGACAUCAACGCCACCGGGGUGGCCAUGCUCUUCUCCGCCGGCACCUUCCUCUACGUGGCCACCGUUCACGUUCUCCCCGAGGUUGGCGGCGGCGGCCACAGCCACUCCGCCGCCGGGGGCAACGGCGGGAAGGGACUGAGCAAAGUGGAGGUGGGCUCUCUGGUGCUAGGCUGCCUCAUCCCUCUGGUGCUGUCGGUUGGCCACCACCAUUAGACCGACGGAACGGGGGUCCCCGGGGGGCCGGACUCUGGACGCGUGUACAGAGGGGAGGACGCUGGAAUCGAGACGUCAGACUUUGCGAGUUUUAAAUGUCUUGCUGCUGGACCAGACAGAUGUCGCUGCAGGGACGCCACGACUUGAUCAAUGGCCGGAACGAGGGGAAUCAGAGCUGAGACAACCAAGGGACACGGCGAUGUUUUAUCUGUCGCCACAAUACGUAUUCUUUCACUCUACCCGAAAUCUUAAGUUAAGACCACGUAGAUUUUUUUUUUAUUUUCCCGUUUAGCUCAAUGUGUUUAGAUCCAAACAGAUUAGCGUUAUCAUGCUCGUUUAACUUUCCUGCUUCGGUUUUAUCGUCUUUUAUUUUUU